AGAUCUAUUCAGAUGUGUCCAUUCCACCUGAUGAUCUGAGAAAGAUGUCUUAGGAAGCGACGCCUUCUGACAGCAUCUUAAGAGUCCUUCAGGUUCACAAGACCAGGACCCAUCCACCAGGAACUGCCCAGGACCAAGAACCGAUCCCACCGCUGCCACUAAAAGUCAGGCAGUCAUGGAGCAGGCAUCCACCAGACAGGUUCCGCACCAGCACCACCACUCUCCGCCUCCCAUGAUGCAGGAUCACCAUCACCAUCAGCAGCGUCCGUCGGUCGGAGCAGAGAAGGCCAGCGACACGAUGGUCCUACAGACCAAUUCUCCCAUGCCUACGAACCAGGACCCAGUGAAAUGGUCCAGGGAGGAAGUCCUGAACUGGUUAAAAUGGUGCCAAGAGGAAUUCUCCCUCGACAGCGUCAAUGCCGAGAAGUUCACCAUGAAUGGGAAAGCCCUGUGCCUCAUGCCCAAGCAAUCGUUUUGCGACCGGGCGCCAGAGUGUGGCGAUAUCCUCUACGAACUUCUUCAGAAACUGUUCCGUAAAGAAUGCCGGUUUUAUCAUCCGAAUUCUUCAGAACCGAGAAGAUCACCUGACCCUCAGUUUAACAGAAUAAGUGGAUCUUCGGAAAGUCAGAAUGUCUCAGGAUCAUCGCAAGAAACGCUAGGAUACCAGGGGAACUUGACGAUACCCCCCUCAAACUCCAGUCCACGUUUACCAAUCGAUCUUUCUGCUCAGCCAGAAAAGCCUAACACCCCAUGCAGUGAUUCAGGUCACAGUUCACCCGACACGGCAGAGGACCUACGACUAGCCGCAACCAACAACCCUGCUUCUGCGCCCCACUACCGUCGUGUAAAUGUACCACCCAUGAUUACCCUCACUUCGUCAAACCGUAGCUCACCCCAGCGCAUGUUUGAGAAACAGUCCCCGCGACACCUUGGCGGGAAAAGCCUACAGGACGGUCUGAGUGAGUCAGUGAUGGAUACCACCGCAGUUCCGCCUUCUCCGACAAAGCGGCUUCGGAUGGAGUAUGGCCAUCCUGGCGGGGUCGCGUCAGCAUUCCCGCAAGUCAACACAGGCCACAUUGAGCUCCGGCAUCGCGCCAACACGGCAGAGCGGAUAGAGCAGCAGAACCUGCAUCAGGGCUCGCACCAGAGCCUGCAUCCUCACUCGCAUCCACGGCUCCUCGGGCGACGGAGAUUGAGCUCCGACGACGGACUCGCGACAGGGAGGGCCCCAUCCACGUACGGAGUGGAGCGACACAGUACCGGAGCCUUGAUCAGUAUGGGAGGACUUUAUAGUCAUAGCGGUUUACCAACGCUUCAGGUGCCGUGUACGGUACCUAGUCUAGUAGCAGGGUCGGCGAUUCUUUCCAGGUUACAGCAGAGGAGAAAUAGCACAGGUGGUGCAGAAGGUAUAGCUGAUAGUCUCAGUCAGAGCCCUCAUCAUCCCGGUAGCAUCUCGUCAAUGCCGCGGCGACGGAGCAUGGAUCCAGACGACGUCUUUCUACUCGACGAGGACGGGUUUGAGACGCGCAAGGCUGCAGGUGGGGAUUGUCGUCUUCUCUGGGACUUCUUGGUCCAACUCCUAAAGAAUAAGACCUACAUGCCAUACAUCAGAUGGGAGGACCGGCGGGAAAGGGUCUUCCGGAUCCUGGACCCGGUCCAAAUCGCCAAUCUCUGGGGACUGCAGAAGAACAGAACCAACAUGACCUACGAGAAACUCUCGAGGGCGCUCCGCUACUACUAUAAAAUGGGGAUAUUGCAGAAGGAACAGGGCCAGAAGCUCACCUAUAGGUUUUUGCAAGACCCUAAAGAUAUUGCCAACAGCCAACGCUUCUCAAAGAUGGCCCGAAAUAAGGACAAUCCAGAACAUUCCGAGGUCACGGGAUCACAGGCCUCACCAAUCCAUCCCUUCUCGACGGCAUCGUCGACCUCGCCGCUGGUCAUGUCAUCAACCCCUUCGACAGCGACGUCGAUGUCGAUGCAUUCAUCGGCCAUGAUGUCCUCAACGAUGAUGCCCUCAUUGAUGACACCCUCAUCGCUUGGUUCAAAUAGAAUGUAUGGUCUGCCCACUCAAGUUCCGCACUCGACGGACCGCCUCUAUCCCGACCACGAAGACUCAUGUCCAAGUUCAUCCAUAGGUCAGAGGUCGUCCGUUCACAUGGCCUCGACCUCAUCCACCCCCUCCCCAUCGCCCCCUGUAGCUGGCGAUGACCCCGUCGCCGUCGCAACGCAUCAGAUGGAAGGCGUGUCCAUGAUGGCGCUGACGGCACAGUGGCAAGCCGCUAACUCCGGAACGUCGGAGACCAAAAUUGAAGGGUUAAAGGUCAAAGAGGAACCGAGUAGUAGACCCCAGUCACCGGAAAUGGAAUGCUAGAUAAAAGCAAGGACUAUUUGUAUUGCAGCAGUUGAGGAGUCUGUUUUGGGGCAUGGAGAUGUCAUCAAAGACAUACAAAUUCAUGAAGCACAGUGUAAAUCAUAUGCAUCUCAUAAAUCAGAACAUAAUCUCACAGUUAAAACGUUGGAAAUCAUGUAAUUGCAUAUUCAUAGCUGUGUUUUUGUAAUACAACUACUACGACUACUAAUAAUUAUACUUCCUUGUGUUAUGUAGCUGCGCUUAUCAACUGCUUUAUCAGAUCUCUGUAAGCGCUCUACAAUAUUCCUGCAGCAUAAUUGUAUUACAGUGAAACCAGUCUGCAAAGACCAUGAAAGGAAGACAAGGAAAGCAGCCCAUAAAAGCAAGCAGUCUCUAUGGGCAAGUUCUUGUCACAGAGGCCCCAUCUUACAAAGUUGCGAUUGAUCGGAUCAACCUCAACUGUAUGGAAAUCCAUCAAUGUCAUAAUCAUCUUUCAGGAAACUUGCACAAUGUCCUUUGUGAACUAAGAGAAGUACACUGAAUUUUCAAGAAAACAUUAUAUGAAUAUGUAGCAUACAUGUACCUAGUAUUUUAGAUGUUGACGUUGCUGGCUUUCCAUAGUUUUGGCUGAUUGUAUGAUAUGUAAAGAAUGGAAAGAGUUUUUCUUUUUUUUACAAAUGGUCAUGAUGUAAUGUACUCUACAUGUAUAUUCCACAAAUGGGCGUCAGCGCAGAGGAUUGUACUUUGUUCAUGGGGGGGACAUCUAUUGUUGCGAUUGAUCCGAUCAAUCGCAACUAUGGAAAGCCAGCAAAGUCAACAUAUGAAAUGCAUGUUUGUUCAAAAGUUUUUCUAGAUAUGAACGUAUAUCCAUAAAGUCAUUGAUUUCUUGACAAAUUGGUGUGUUUUCCUUUGUUUACAAAGGACAUUUUGCAAAAUUUCCUGGAGAAAAAAUUAUGACACGGAUGGAUUUCCAUAGAGUUACGACUGAUUAGAUCAACUCUUUGUAAGACUGGGCCCUGGUGGGUGUUUCAUAAAGCUGUUUGUACCAAAAUCAGUAAUAAGUCUUGAAAUUAAUUGGCAACUUUGCAUUUCACAGUAAGGGCCAAUUUAUUAUGGCAACUAAACUGGGGCCGUUUCAUAAAGCUGUUCGUAAAUUAAGAGCCACUUUAAGAACCACUGGUGAUCCUUUCUUGCGCGCUAAAUAAUCACCAAUGAACAUUGAAUGGUGAAUAUCAUUUACCACAAGAAAGGAUCACCGGUCAUUCUUAAAGUCACUCUUAACAGCUUUAUGAAACAGCCCCCAUUUUAGUUACCAUAAUAAACUGGCCCUUACUAUGAAAAGCAAAGUUUCAAAUUAAGACUUAUAACUGAUUUUGGAACCUACAAUUGAUUUGCAAUAGAUAAUUUUUUUUUUUUUUUUGGGGGGGUGAAAUUCGCUCUUAUCAGAAAGAAGGAGAGGGAUGUACAAGCAUAAUAGUUGUAUGUGGAAUGGUGUGUACAAUUUGGUUCAUUCAAUGUGUACAUUCACAAAUUACCUGUUACCAGAUGUUCUGAUAGUACGGAAAGUUGCUGGACAGUUGUGGAUAUUUAAAUGAUGAUCAUUAUUUCAAUUAUUCAACCGCUAUUACCCGGCAUAUGAUAAUAACUUAAUAUGUAUAUAUCGUUAUUGGCAGAAAAUAUUAUUGCAAUUGAAUAAAUGAAUUUUCGCACUUACGUGCACCACAUCACAAAUUUGAUAUUUAAGGAUUUAUGAAGUCAUGUAUUGUUUAUUUAUAUAAAUUACAGUUUGUUGUGCUUUGACGUUACAGAGUCUGCCAUCGACUGGUAUGCAGAUUGAUUGCCUAAACUAUUAAAAAAGCCAAAGUUUCACUUUUUAUUUGGAAUUCAAUAGUCAUGUUAAUACUUUUGUCAUAUUCAGAGUUGAAUUACUGCCUCAAAUUAGCUCAGUUUUGCAGCAAAGCAAGGGAAUGAAAAAGAAUUUUUAUCUGCAUGCACUCUUGACACUAAAAAUCUAAAUAUUAAGCUCACACAUUUUAGACACAAGUGUAUGAUAAAAUUGUUUGCAUCCUUUUGAUAUCUUGAAAGCAAUUACUAUUAAACACAAUUGAAACAGCAACUUUUGUAUGCCACUGGAAUUCCUCUGCAAAACCGAUAUUUACUGAAAGUCUUGCUGCAAAAUGUAUCAUAGUUUAAGUCACAAUUCCUACUGUUUAAAAGAAAUGCAUUGUUCCAAUGAUGUCAAGUGUUGACGUCAUAAUCAGGGACGAUGGCAUGCAUGUAUCUGUUAAUAAUUGAUUUUCUAAUCCAUCAUAUCUGUGCGAGAAGGCCUUUAGCAUCUAAUUUUCACACAUUGAAUAUCCACGUAAGAAUGCAUUUAGCACUAUGAAUUGGUGCAUUGUGUAAGAUCGUUUCCGUUUUGAAAUGCAUAAAAGUUGCUACUAAGAGCACUUACAUGAACCGCCCUGCUUUUGUAAAGAAUUCUGUCACCUCAGUGCAAAAAGGCCUUAGCAUCUAUUUUCACACAUAUUAUCAACUAAGGGAUGCAUUUAGCACUACUACCAAUUUGUGCACCUUGUAAGAUCAUAUCUGCUUUGAUUAAAUGUGUGAAAUUCCACUAAUAGCACUUUUAAAAAGAAUUUCUUCACAUCAGUGCAAAAAAGCCCCUUGCGUCUUUUUUCACAAUUAACAUCCAAGAAGUAACGUUUUUGCAGUCCACAUCCAUACAUUGCAUAAGAGCAUUUCUUUGCUGAUACAGUGGGCACUUCCAUGAAGAAGCAAUGAGUUUUCUGCUAUUAUUUUGUAUAUUAGCAAACACUGGUAAACCGUCAAAGCCGCUAUUUCACAUAAGAGUAUUAUAAUCAUGAUUCAAUAAAAAAAAAGAUGGCAAUAUUGAAAUUUGAUUUCUUUAUAGAUAUGUACAUGUACCUUUUGAUAUGUUAUUCAAUGCAAAUGAGGUGAUUCGAUGGAGGAAAUUUGAAUCGACAUCAGUGUGGUAUAUUUAGAGAGUCUAGCCAAGUUUGUCUGUCAUUUUGUUUAAUGUCCGGGGGGGGGGGGGUCACAAAGAUUUUAGUGUGAUUUUUUUAGGGUGUUGCAAGAAACUUUCAAUUGAUUGCAGGUCAAGUUCAGGUCCUGAAAUCAAUCAUAAGUCUUGCAAUUGACAGCAAAUUUACAGUUGAUCAGUGGUCUUCUUGCAUCAAUAAAAAUAGAUUUAUUUACUUUAUUUAAAAUCGAUCCAUCACUUGUAAAUUUGCAACUGAAAUAUGCAAUUAAUAAAAAUGACAUGCACAUGAUAUGUAACACUUCAUCUUAUUGAUUAAUACGCAGUAGUGCGCGUCCUCUUUAAGCAUGAUUUGACCAAUGCGGUGAUGCGUUUAAUACUGCGCGCAACUGGAAUUAUGAGCGCGACUCAAAGUCACAGUGAAUUCUUUGUGAAACAAAUGUCGUCACUGGUCAUUAGUAAAUCUACGCAUUAAUCCACCAAAUAAAUGACCGGUCACGUGUGUGUGCAACCAGUUAUAUCAUUUUGACCCACUUCACCGUCUUAUAAAUAUACAUUCACACCUGUUAAAGAGGUAUGCAUGUAUGAACAAUACACGUUUGUUGUGCAUUUUAUAGGGAAGAUAAGUUGUGAUCAUAAUUUAAGAUUUUAUAUUUAUUGUAUUCCAAAUGUACACUCAGAGAAAUAAUUAUUGUGAUAACCAAA